CCUUUCAUAACUUCUCUCUUUCUCUCUCUCUCUCUCUUUCUCUCUCUAACCCAAAUCGCAGCAGAGGUAACUUCUUACCCACCGGCGCACCACAGAGGCGAAGGGAUUCGAAGAGGGGAAUUUUGAUGUACUUGUUUGCCGAUCUUUACGUUGAUGAUGAUUUCUUUGGAGCAAAAAGUUACUAUGCAGAGGAACCACGAGGCAUCCAUAAUAAGCCUCCAAACAAAAGCUCGCCCCUUCACACCACAACAUAACAUAACCUACUCUAAAUGCUUCCCCGAUUUUCAAGACACCUCACAUGCUUCUCAAUCGGUUGGGAAUGUUCUAGAACCAGAGCGCCCAUUAAACAGCGAGCUUCUAGAAUGUUCCGGAGAAUCUCCACAAAGGCCCGUUUAUCAUCUUAACUCUGGAACAUGGUCUCUCUACUCUGACUCUAAUCAGACCCCUCUUUGCCAAGCAAACCCUUUUCAUGGACUCUUCAAACCUUAUGCGGUGAAACAUAGAAUCCAGUGUGCGCCUGUACACAUGGUGGCUCAAGCUUAUCCGUACGAUUAUCAGUUUCACGAUUUCCAGUAUUUAGGUGUGAUCGAUUUCGAGGCAACUUGUGACAAGGGGAAAACUCCUUAUCCUCAAGAAAUCAUCGAAUUCCCGUCUGUCAUUGUCAGCAGCAUUACUGGGCAGUUAGAGGCUUGUUUUCAGACGUACGUAAAGCCCACAUGCAACCAACUUCUAACUGAUUUCUGUAAAGAUCUUACUGGAAUAGAGCAAACUCAGGUUGACAGGGGAAUUCUACUAAGUGAAGCUCUUCUUAGACAUGACAAAUGGCUCGAAAUGAAGGGAAUAAAAAACGCCAACUUUGCGGUCGUAACUUGGUCGGAUUGGGAUUGCCGUGUGAUGCUGGAAACAGAAUGCCGUAUCAAAAAGAUCAGAAAACCCCCAUAUUUCAAUAGAUGGAUCAAUUUGAAACUCCCAUUUCAAGAAGUCUUUGGCAGCGAGAGAUGCAACUUGAAAGAGGCGGUCGAGAAGUCCGGGCUGACGUGGCAAGGCCGGGCCCACUGUGGACUCGACGACGCCAAAAACACGGCCCGACUGCUCGCUCUGCUCAUGCACAGAGGGUUUAAAUUCUCCAUAACAAACUCGCUCGUUUCUCAAUCGAGUGAGAAUGACUCAACGCGUAAACCGAGCCAAGAAAGCCCGAUUUUCGUCCCGACACAACAAGCCCAGAAAACGGAGCACACCCGUUUCUGCUACUGUGGGGUGAAAAGUGGGAAAGGAAUGAUUAGAAAACCGGGCCCGAAACAGGGGAGCGUCUUCUUCGGGUGUGGGAAUUGGACUGCUGCUAGAGGUGCUCUUUGCCAAUACUUUGAAUGGGAUUCUCAGUGACAUUUUUACUUAUAAGGAAAAAAGGGAAUCUCUUUGGUGAUAUAUUAAUUUAUUGCCAAUCUUGUAUAAAGAAUUUUAUUGGACUCUGGAUUUUUAAUUUUAUUUUCUUAAUUGGAGGCAAACUUAGGUUUGCUGUUAGGGUGGUUGUGUUAUAUAGGUCAAUCUAUGCUCUGCUUUUUUAGUCAUGCAAUGGGACUUGAUUUGGACAAGCUAUUAAUUAUGUCACUGAAUGAUUUCAAAUUAUUGCGCUAUAUCGGCAUGAUGCUUAUAUAUAGUAUGUAUUUUCGGCGUUC